AUGAUCUCUGCCUCUACUUUGGCAGCCCUUCUGGCUUUGGGCCAUGGUGUUCUCGGACAGCAGGCUGGCACCUCGACUGCUGAGAACCACCCUCCGAUGAGCUACCAAAAGUGCACCUCUGGAGGGCAAUGCACCACCGUCAACACCAACAUUGUUCUCGAUGCCAACUGGCGCUGGUUGCACACAACCAGCGGGUACACCAACUGCUACACUGGCAACAAGUUUGACGCCAGUCUGUGCCCGAACAACGUGCAAUGUGCCGCCAACUGCGCUCUUGACGGAGCAGCCAGCGGCAACUCUGUUAGCUUGAAGCUCAAGCAGGGUAACAACGUUGGAUCUCGUGUCUAUCUGAUUAACGGCAACAAGUACGAGUUGUUCAAGCUGAAGAACCAGGAGUUCACCUUUGAUGUUGAUGUUUCGGGUCUUGGCUGUGGUAUCAACGGUGCCUUGUACUUUGUCAAGAUGGACGCCGACGGUGGUCUUGCCAAGUACCCAACCAACAAGGCUGGAGCCGCUUACGGAACAGGAUACUGUGAUGCUCAAUGCCCCAGAGAUCUCAAGUUCAUUGCCGGCAAGGUGAGAAGAUAUUCAUCGACUCCCUCUGAGAAACACGCUAACGCUAUGUCANNGGCAAACGUUGAGGGAUGGACUCCAUCAAGCGGAGACCCCAACUCUGGAAUCGGAAACACUGGCUCAUGCUGUGCUGAGAUGGACAUCUGGGAGGCUGUAAGAAACGUGAUAUCAUCCUUGGCCGAACAUUUUACUGACCAACUUCGAUCANNGAACUCGAUCUCCACCGCUCUUACCCCUCACCCUUGCUCGACCAACGGCCCUUGCACUGGCAACACCACUUGCGGUACUGGCGAGUCUCGCUACGACGGCUACUGCGACAAGGACGGCUGUGAUCUUAACCCUUACAGAUGGGGAGCAACAAACUUCUUCGGUCCUGGCAAGACUGUUGACUCCACCAAGCCUAUGACUGUUGUCACUCAGUUCAUCACUGCGGACAACACCGCUACCGGCACUCUCAGUGCCAUCCGCCGCCUUUACGUUCAGAACGGCAAAGUCAUCCAGGAGGCCAACACCAACGUUGCUGGUAUUACCCAGACCAACCAGAUCACCGACAGCUUCUGCAAGCAACAGAAGGCCGUUACAGGUGACCCUGACUCAUUCUCCCAGAAGGGCGGUCUUACUGGCUUCGGCAAGGACCUCGAUACUGGCAUGGCUCUUGUCUUUAGUGUUUGGGACGACUAUGAUGCCAACAUGCUCUGGCUAGACUCUACCUACCCCGUUGGCUCCAACAAGGUCGGGGCUGCUCGUGGUACUUGCGCUAGCACUUCUGGCAAGCCCAAGGAUGUUGAGUCUCAACAGGGCAACGCUGCUGUCAAGUUCAGCAACGUCAAGUUUGGUGCCAUUGGCUCUACCUACAAGGCUCAGUAA